AUGAUCGACGCGACGGACUUCAGGGCGAUGCAGCCAGAGCCGACCUAUCAGACACUGACCUCGGUCGCGGAAAGGAUGUCGCCGCCCGGUUUCAGUCCGGGUUCCUCUUAUGCGACCCUGACGCCCUUACAGCCGUUACCGCCGAUUUCGACGAUGAGCGACAAGUUUGUAUACAGUGCACACGCGGCUGGCGGCGUCACCGGUAGUUUCGCGGUCAUGCAAAACAACGGCCUCGGCAACAUCGGCAUCGGGAUGGGUAGCUCGCCGUACGCGUACGACAAAUUGCCCUCGAUGAGCAUGUCGCCGCCGCACAAUUAUCCUUCGCCGGGCGCGGGCCUUCAGCCGAGUCCUUUGUCGCCGCAGAGCGCCUACAGUCAGAGCGGAUUGAACUCACCGCACAAGUCCGCCAGUCCUCACUACGAUCCGGCCUUUUUGCCGAGGUUGCAGCAAAGUCCGGCGGCGUUGAGUCCAUCUUCGCCGCCGUCCGUCUCGGCGACGGCCAGUUUCGCGCCUUCUCAUCAUUCCCCGCCCACGCAUUCGGUGCCCGCUGCCUCGCCACCACCUAUGCAGACCCAGCUGCAACAGCAACAGCAGCAGCAACAGCAACAGCAACAGCAGCAGCAGCAGCAACAGUCGAUGCCGCAACAGACGAUAUCGCACACGCAGCACGUGCAACACACCUCGGUUGUUAUGAAGACCGUUUCGUCGGCUGGCAACGGAGCCGGUGAGGUCGAGGAGAUCAACACAAAGGAGCUCGCGCAGAGGAUCAGCGCCGAAUUGAAGAGGUACAGCAUACCGCAGGCGAUAUUCGCCCAGAGGGUUCUUUGCCGUAGUCAGGGGACGCUUAGCGAUCUACUGCGCAAUCCGAAGCCUUGGUCGAAGCUCAAGAGCGGCCGUGAGACCUUCCGACGGAUGUGGAAGUGGCUACAGGAGCCCGAGUUUCAGAGAAUGUCGGCCUUGCGGCUAGCAGGUUAGUCCAUCCGUCGAAAUAUCCCCCACGAUACAACGACACGCUCCUUUUUUUCAUCACCUUUGUCUUUGCUAACCUCUCUAACUGGAAUAGUGUCUCGACUAUAUACUUAUAAUUGUAUAUUGUGUCUAACUUUCUCACAAAAAAAAAAAGAAAAAGAGAAAAAAAAAUAACAGAAAGAAACGCGCUAUCGUCUCGAGCGCGCGCUCGCGUCUAAUCCGCGAAACGCGGUCUAAUCCCUGAUUCACGCGUUCCACGCAUAUAUCGUUGUCGUUUCCCGCGACGAAUUCAACGUGUCGCUCGAAGAUUUGGGAAUCUUCCAGUUAUGGAAUAUGGAUUCCCAAUUCUCGAACUUUACCUUCUUACUUUAAUCUUACCUUUGCCAAUCGCGAACGCGAAACGCUUACCUAUUCUAUUCACCCCAUUCUCGAACUAGUCUUUAUAGCUCCACGCCGAGUCGCACUUUGCUUGGACAUUUUUCAAGCUACUCAUAAACCUUUCGUACUGCAACAUCUCCGUAGAAAGCUAGUCUAUACUGUAAGAAUUCUGCUCUACUCCCCUUUGAAUCCUUAGAACUUUUCAAAAAUCCCGAGAUCGAAACUCGAUCGUAACAAUCUGACCUAUUUGAAAAACAACGACAAAUACCAAAGGAUAGGAUAUCGUGCGUGCUCGAAGAUGUCCGGACGACGGGUGUCGCACGACGGUGUCCCGAUGAAAAUCGCGCAGGUAACGGAGAGUCGGAGGACAGAGGAAUAAAGAGAGGAAGCAGGGCGGUCUGCGUGUUUUGGAGCCGGCCAGACGAAAUCGGACAAGCGCGUGCACGCGCGUAAGAGACGCGGGCGGAAGCCGCACACGUGGCACCCACGUGGAGAGGCGUUCCCUUCCAUAUCAUUCAGAGAUAGACGCGCGGAAUAACACUUUUCGAAUUCAACAUCCUUUGCCCCGGCACAACAGCGCGUACAGGUAUUGAUCGUGGUCACGCGGUGUUCGCGGCCAGGCGCAGACGCGACCUCGACGACGCCAUGUUCGCCAUGCCGCCGCCACGCUGUCCGCCAGCCCCUCUCCCGCCUUCCGGCAACCCUUAUCCCCUGUCCAGCCGAGGAGCGUGUUAUCUUUGGCUCUGUGCGUUUUCGCGCCGGUGCGUGCAUCCUUUGGUUACAUCUUCAAGAUUCUCAGUCGAAUGGAUCACUCGCGACGAUGGAAUUAUUUCCAUUAUUUUACGAUUUCCCUUUUUCACUGACGAUCGCAUCUUUUUUUUAAUGACCCCCGUCUCGUGAUUUUAAAUUGAUGACAAGGGUCAUCAGGUGAUAGAAUUCCUUUCAUUCCAUGAUUUUGGAUUAUUGCAUCCGUGCUGGAACAGGUCAUCUUAAAAAUAGCAUCCCUUCCAUUUUACGAUUUUACCGUAUUGACGGAUAUUUAUAUGUGCACGUUCUUCGCGAUUUUUAUUAACAUUAUCACCCUGUGACGGAAUGUCUUUUAUAUUUUACGAUUUCACGCCGUUGUUCACGUUAUUUGACGACCUUCCUCAAUAUUUUCACUCGAAAAUAUUCGCGAUAAAAUUUCUUCUACACCGAUACUUUUAUUGGAAUUAUCAUCCCAUUUUACAAUUUUGCGUGCACGUGUCAGUCAUUUCCUUCAUAAUUUUCUUAAUUCCUAAUUACUAUCUCACGGCGAAAUUUCUUCCGUAUUCGAGCGAAGACUCUGACGAGAUAGAGUUUCUUUGAUUUAGCGACUCAUUAAGAAAUUUCUCCCGUUUGUUUUGACAGGAGAUAUAUAAUGAAAUACUUAUAAUUGCAUGCCUGUUUAGCGACUUUGGUUCUCUAUAUUGGAAAUUUUGGUGGGAUCUCAAUAGGAGAUGUUGACGUAGGAUAUUGGAUUCUCGGUUUGUUUAGGUAACAGGAUUUAAUGACCCGCUGAAUCGUUGAUUGAUGGUCCAAGUUACAGCGGCUCGUGGUUUUAGUUCGUACAAUUAGAACAAGUUCUUUAAGUUCUAAUCAUCUUCUUGCGAUGUUAUAUAUCGAUAGGAAUUUAUCAAUUAUUUUCCGCUUGUAAUUUUGUUCACAACGUUACUAGUGAUUACUUGAAAACCAAUACAGUUUCGUGUAAAGUGGUCCAAGUGUCAUGAUGUUUAUCCUACUGUAAAUAGUAUGUAGUAUACACAUGAAUUCAAAGUGUUAAAACGGUAUUUCAAUGUCUUUAUUCAAUACUCGAAUUGCACGUAGUUUAACACUCUAACAUCUUCAGUGUUAAAAUGAAUAUAAUUAGUCCAAUGAUAUUUUCAUUAGAAAUUUUUCAUUUUAAGUUGGCAAGUAGACUACGGGUAUUUAUUGCAGAUUCAUAUUUUUACGAAUAUAAUUUAAAAAAAUGGAAUCCAGGCAGAUUUGA